GCCAUUGUUGAUGUUGUUAGUAGUCAUGGUGAUGUUUCAUUUACCCCUUCUGACGAAUCCAGGUGUAAUAGUUAAAGAUUAGUUAGGUGAUGGUGCUUACUUAACCUCUGAGAAGUCGUACUAUGCAGCAACAGCAGCUAGCCCGUAAGAAAGUGGACCCGGAAUUGAUUUUCACGAAGCAAGAAAGAAUAGGUAAAGGUUCAUUCGGGGAAGUUUUCAAAGGUAUCGAUAACAGGACCCAGCAAGUCGUUGCAAUCAAGAUAAUUGAUCUUGAAGUUGCAGAAGAUGAAAUUGAAGACAUUCAACAAGAAAUUAUGGUACUUUCGCAGUGCGACAGUCCAUACGUGACAAAGUAUUUUGGUUCCUAUCUUAAGGGUACAAAAUUAUGGAUUAUUAUGGAAUAUUUAGGUGGGGGCUCCGCCCUAGACCUGAUGAAAGCUGUAAUUUUCGAAGAAACACAUAUUGCAAUAAUUCUUAGAGAAGUAUUAAAAGGAUUAGAUUAUUUACAUUCUGAGCGCAAGCUUCAUCGUGAUAUUAAAGCUGCAAAUGUUCUUUUGUCUGAAAUGGGUGACGUAAAACUGGCGGACUUUGGUGUUGCCGGCCAGUUGACCACCACAACUAGCAAAAGGAAUACAUUUGUGGGCACGCCUUUUUGGAUGGCACCCGAGGUCAUUAAACAGUCAGCGUAUGACUCGAAGGCUGAUAUCUGGAGUCUUGGAAUUACAGCUAUAGAACUUGCAAAGGGAGAGCCACCUAAUUCUGAUUUGCAUCCAAUGAGAGUAUUAUUUUUAAUUCCUAAAAAUAAUCCUCCCCAGCUGACGGGAAGCUACAGCAAACCAUUUAAAGAAUUUGUUGAAGCAUGCCUAAAUAAAGAUCCAGAAAAUAGACCUACAGCCAAAGAGCUUCUAAAAUUUACUUUUAUUCGGAAAGCGAAAAAGAAUUCAUACUUAAUUGACCUCAUAGAAAAAUAUAAAAGGUAUAAAGCAGCUGGUGGUGGUCAAAGUGAUAGUGAUUCAGAGGCUUCAGAUUCAGAUGAAUCAAAAGUAAAUGACACAUGGAAAAGUUGGCGCUGGGAUUUGGGUACUGUGAAAGGUCCUGGUGCAUGUGAUUUACCACUGUCUCCUAAUCUGGACGGUGAAAAUAAUGUUAUGCCCAUGAAAGUGUCAAAAAUUCCUUCCCCGUCGAAACAUCAUCAAAAUGGUGAUUCGUCCUCUUCACCGCAUUCACCAAACUCUCAUCCCGAUGGUGUAACGUUUUUCAGACAAGAGAGCAGGCAGCAGGUUUCUACAAGACCUUCAAGUAUGGCUCCACCACCGCCACCUCAGACAAAACGAGUAUUAUCGGCGGAGAGUCUUGAUGAAUUUGAGAAAAAACAGCACGAAAUAUUACGACACAGGGAAGGUGAGAAGGACCAGUCCGGAGAUAAAGCAGCGCGAAGAAAGUCUCGGGAGAAAUCGUGGCAGGAACUGAAUAACUCGGACGAUCGGGAGCUUCACGAUAGGAGAGACGUUAGGGAAAAGAAAAAAGAUCUUUUGAAGAUGUCCGACUCUCCCGUGAAACAGUCUUUAGGAAAAGGCUCGUGCCUGUCAACUAUUAUACAUCCGUUAAUGUCCGAGUUAAAAAAGAAGCAUAAAAAUAAUGUAAAAGGAAUAGAGAGCCCAUCUAAGAGUGAUGCCAUCGAAGAACUGCAUAGUGCUUUUGAACUAGCUGAACGAUCCUAUGCAGGUAUUAGUGACUUAUUUGUGAAGGAAGUAUUUCAUCGUUUAUUGCCUUCAUACAGUAGUCACAUGUUACAAGAUAUACUGGAUAAGCUAUCCAGGGAUGGAUCAUAGGUACAAAGAAAAGAAAUAGGCAAUUCUGUGAGCCCUGUGAAUUUUAUCUGCUAUCUAUAUUUGGAACCUAUAUAUAGAUCUAUAUAUAUAUAAAUAUAAAUAUAUCCACCUUGUGUGCCUAAAAUGGUAUGGUCCCCCUAAACUCCGUACAUUCCAUAUGUAUUCAUGUUUUGCUCACCAUCGGCUACAAAUUCUGACUUUCAGUUUAAAAGCAUAAACAUCUCAAUUCUAAAUAAUGAAUGAAAGCUCUAUAAAUAUAUAUAUACAUUUAUAUAUAUUUAUGAACACAGGGUAUUUUUAGAUGGUCACUUUUUAAUGGACAUAUUUUAAAAAAGUGCAUCAGAUGUUCCCUGCUGUAUGCACAGAAAUGCAUGGACAGUGAAUGGUUUAUCUUCUCUUUGAAAAAGAAUCAAUUUCUUGUUGUUUGUUGUUAUGAUAUGUUAUUAUUGAAUAUUAUGAAUGAAUCAUUCCAAAUCUAGUAGUUAAUGAAGCACUACUUGAAAGAGAUAUUUAUACCAUAUCAUGUCUGUACUCUGUGAUACUGCGUACAUUGUAGCAUUUUUGGCCAUUUUGAACUAGCAGAUCAAACAAUGAAAUGCUAAGGAUGUGGUAACUCAGCCGUGAAAUAUCGGAUAUUGAAAAAUCUUUUGAAGAAAUUAUACAACUAUCAUUUUUCUUUCACCACCACCUCCACCACACCCUGAAGUACCACCACUGGACAAUUCCCCUCCUAAUCUAAUUAGUGUGUAGUGUUAGAGAAGAGUGUGUAGUUGUUAUGAUGAUUACGAGUGAUUGUUACUCUUCUCAGAAGAAUGUGUAAGCAUGUAGUAAUAUUAUUAUCUCUAUAAUAGGAAAAAAAGUUAUACAUGUAAAUUAAAUACAGUCAAAGAAACCUAGUUUUCGAAAUAUUUUGUCUUGCUGCCUUGCAAAAUAAAUAAAUAAAUUUUAAAAAUGCUCCUUUACAAGACUGAUCCAGCAUUCGUCCACUUAAUGCUUAUACUAGAAUCUGCAACUGAAGGUAAUUGAUUGUGCAAUUGAAAUUAUGUUAUUCAGAUAAUUUAUAUUUAUCUAUUUUGUAUUUUUAAAAACCUUUAAUUUACGUAAGCUGCUUCCCUAAUUCUUGUGAAUUUCGGUAGUGAAAUUUGCAGUUAGGCUUUAUAAAAAAAAUUUUGUGUUUAUAAAUUUGCUGAUGUGAAGUUAUUUGAAUGAGCUCAACUAGUUAAAUUCAACAGUGAAAUUAUGUAGCCUCAGAUUUCCAACGAUAUUGAGUCUUAAAUUUUAUCCAUAUUAGUUUCCAUCGAGGCUUGUUGUGCGGCAAUAUGUGGUUUUCAGUUAUGUAAUUGUGAUUUUUAAUUUUUAUUGCUACGGAAUAGCUCUAUAAUAUUUUGCAUGCUCGAGAGAGAGAUGCCGUAAUCAGGAGAUGCGUCUCAAAUAUAUCCGAUUCGAUAUUUCCCUACAUUCUUGUAUAUUGGAAAUCUGGUGCUGUUUUACUAUGAAUUAAAGAGAUAUCAUCACAAAGAGAUUAAUAUUUUCUUACUAUUUCUCUACUGAAAGUUGGCAGUAAGUCCUUUAUCUGAAAUUAUAUCCUAAUCUAUGUACCUUUUGGAAAGGAACAUCUAAGCUCAAAAUACUUAUUGUCGUGCUUAUUUUAUUCGUCUGAUUUUUCAAGUAAUGUUUAAAAUGUGCAAUUACUUGAUGUUUGUGUUUUGAACUGUUUUAUUAAACCUGAUAAUGUUUUAAUCAUAAUAAACAAGGCAAAGAAAACAUCUGUGUCUUAAAUUGUUAUGUAAGUUUUAUUGCCAUGAAGUUACUCUUUACUGUAUUGUAUUGCCAUAAUUCAUGUAAAAUAAGCAGGUUGUAUUAUUGUGUCAUUGUGUAUCAUUUGAAACUUAGGCACUCUUUAUUUGCUCAUGCAGCACUUCUGUUUCAUUCGUUUUGGCUGUAACUUUAACUCUGCUCCUUCUUCUUCUUCUUUUUGAGUUGCUCUGAAUGUGCUGUUAUUUACUGUAAUAAUGUAAAGAAAAAUCAUUUAUUGCAGGUUAUCAUUUUUCUGAGUGUGUGUGUUUUUUAAAUUUCAGUAUUCGUAGAAACUCUUAUAUUUAAAUGAAAUCUGCAAAAUGAAAAUCAAGUGCAUGAAUCAUUUGAAAAAUGAAGAUAACUGUAUUGUGCAUGGUCAAAAUAAUAAUAAACUCUACAUUACGUGGCCAAAAAAUUUCAAUAAAACUCUGCACUUUAACAGUAAUCUAAGCAUUUUGCAAAUGAUGUCGAUUCUUAAUGUCGAUCUGUGCAUUUCAACAGUGCUCAAGUGCUUAGAUCACUGUAAUCCAUGCACUUUUAACAAUGAUUCAUUUGCAUUUUUUUAUAUUUUUCUUGGUAAUUUUAAAUAAAUCUUCAAACUAGUUAUCGAAGUUGAAAUUUUAUAAUUUUCUUCGUUUUUUUUUUUUUUUUUUUUUUUUUUUUUUUUUUUUUUUUUUUUUUUUUUUUUUUUUUUUUUUUUUUUUCCGUGAUAUGUUUUUGUAGGGUGAGUUACUGCUGUUCUCUGAUUGUAAUAAAUGUCUUCUUUUAUUAAUGGAGAGUUAUUAUUCAGAAGUAUCACCGUGCUUGUUAUAAGUCUGUCUUUUUUUGCAGUAUCCAUGUGUAAAGUGACAAAGAGUAUACUUUGUUCAGUAUUUUGUAAUUUUUACUUUGUAAGUCAAGUUCUAAAAUAAGGCAUAUCUGUGAGGCUUUUUGUGCCACAACCAUAAAUUCAUUUGAUGUUUACAUUGUACACUGUUUGAAUAAUGUAUAAUUUUAUCUAUUUUAAUUAAGAGUUCAUUUGAGUAAAAAUAUUAUUUCUAAGUUAUUCACUAUUUUAUUUCAUCCUUUUUUAUAGAUUAUGUAACAUUUGUAAAAAUUUAAAUUUCUUCUUUCAUAAAAUUUUAAUUUUUUCAAAGCUUUGUUCAACUAUCCUUCAGUAAUUAUAUUUCAUAUAGAAUAUUUUUUAUUUAUUUAGUUUUAUGUGUUGUUUGAAAAUAUGCAAGAAUAAUGUAAAAUAAAUGCAAAUAUGUUACCAAAUCAUCUUCUGAAGGAAAAUAUUGUUGCUCAUCGUUUGAACUUAUUUGUAUUAAAGGUAUUGAGUGUAAUAGUUAUUGUAAAAAUAGUUUAUUAUAGUUCCAAUGUAGUUAUCAUCGUGUCAUAAAUUUGUUUUGCCAUUUUAUCCAUCUGAAAUGAUGGUAUGGCUAUUUCCAUUAUGUCGUGAUUUGUAAUUUAAUCUUUUACUCUGAAUUUUUAUUUUUAAAUUCUGUUUUUGGUGUACUUACCUUUCAAUUCCAUAGAAAAAAGCAGUACUUGGUUAUUUUUAAGAAAUGAAAACCAGGGAUUGUUGAAAAUAUAAUUAUUUUUUGGUUAUGAGGGAUGAAUGUAAAUAUUUGAAUUAUGAGAGUUGAAAUUAAAAUGUGUUUAUUUAGUGACAA